AUGCAUCGGGAUCUUGCUGCUCGAAAUUGUCUAAUUAGUUCCAAUGAUAUCUGCAAAAUCAGCGAUUUUGGAUUGUCAUUGUUGGGACACACUCACAAGGAGAAGCAGCUGCUCAAAGUACCAGUCAGAUGGCUGCCACCAGAAGUACUAACAAAAGGGUUAUACUCGAAUAAAAGUGAUGUUUGGAGUUGUGGUGUACUGAUGUUUGAAGUGUUUUCCAAUGGCGAAACACCGUAUAAGGAAAUUGCGAAGCUACAUGAUGUGCGAAAACAAGUCGUCUUCAACAAGCUUCGCCUCAAACCGCCUCCAGAUAUGCCAGCUGAAGAGUCUGCGAUAAUGAUGAGUUGCUUUGAAGACGACCCUGCUGCUAGGCCAUCAUUCGAUGAUCUGAAGAGAAUGUGCGUUUAG